AGCCCUCAUACCUCCAUGAGCUUUCCCUCCUCGCAGCUGCUGGUGAACUGUGAUCUCUUCCCCAAAGAAUUCUCCAUUGUUGUGACACUGAAAGUCACUCGCAGUGCAGCCAAGAGAAAUGAAUACAUAUUUUCCUUGAUGGAUUCAAAAAAAGGAGAGAAAAGGGGGCUGGGGGAGAAGGAAGCUGUGAACGAUGAAGGGAACAUUCUAGAAAUGAAUAAAGAGGGGGAGCAACAUGGAGAGAGGAAGAAGGAGAGGCAGGUGAAGAGUAAUAAAGAACGUGGACGGAUCAUCCUGGGACUGAGGCUCUCGAGAAAACGUCUGCACUUCCUUUUUAGAGGUCACGGAGGGGUCAUGGAGCACUGGGGGUUUCGUGGCGCCCGACUGGCUGAUAACCAGUGGCACACUCUGGUUUUGGCCAUUGGUAGCCAUCAUGUCAGGCUCACAGUGGACUGUAGCCCACCACUGGAAACUGUUCCCUCCAGGCCUUUUCCCUCAGACCUCAACUUUCAGGGAUCGAGAUUCCACAUCGGAAGUCGGGGGAGAUGGAAAGGCCUGUAUUCAGGUCUCCUGCGACAGCUGGUUUUGGUGCCAGGUUCGGAUGCCACCCAUUACAUCUGCCCCUCUUCCAACCCCCAGCUGGCAGUCCUGUCCGUACCACCACUUCUCUCAGACCUGCCUGUCCUGGGGAGGGAGGGUGACGGCCACAUGACCUCUUAUGAAACAGAGGAGAGAGUGGCAGUGGGGUUGGAGCGGCCGUGCUCAGAGCGACUACAAGGCCAGCUGUGGUUCAAUCCGCGUAAGAAAGGCCUCUACCUCUGCGACGGCACAGUGUGGAUCGUUGUGCUUGAGGAUCAUAAACGACUGGACUAUGUAGUGGAACAACAGGUCCUCACCACCAGCUCAGAGACACAUGAUGUAGAGGUGUUCCAGGUACCUGGCAUUGGUCUGAUGGCUGCUAUGGCUCAUCGAUCAGCAGCUUCUGGCUCUGCAGUGUAUCUGUGGAGUCAAACAGGUUUCCAGCUCUACCAGAAUAUCAGCACAUAUGAAGCUUUGGCUUGGAGACACUUCAGCAUGGGAAAGAAGAUAUUUCUGGUGGUGUCUAACACUGGGAGAGGGCCAGACAAGCGUUUUAACAAAGAAUCAGAGGUGGACUUCUCUGUGAUUUACAAGUGGAGCAAAAAAAGAAAUCGGUUUGUGCAGUUCCAGACUCUGCAGACCCACUGUGCACGGGACUGGGAGGCCUUUACCAUUGACCGACAAACCUAUCUCGCUGUUGCCAAUCAUAGACAAGGUAAUAAUAAUCACACUAUAAACAGUGUGAUAUACAAAUGGAACAAUCUAGCAAAGUCUUUUGAGGUUCACCAAAUGCUGCUGACCUCAGGGGCCUACGACUGGGAGUUCUUCACAGUUGGACCGUACCAUUUCCUAGUGGUCGCAAAUGCCUUUGAUGGAGUGACCACUUCUGUAGACUCAGUCAUCUACGUUUGGGUUGAUGGAAGCUUCCAGGUGUUCCAGACAAUUAAGGUAUGUGCAUUCCUUCUCUGUCUCUCCAGUGCAGUUGACUGGGAGUUCUUCAGCCUCGGGGAGGAAUAUUAUCUGGUUGUUGCUAACUCCUUUAACGGAGAAUCCUACUCUCUCAACAGCAUUCUCUACAGGUGGCAGGGAUAUGAAGGCUUUGUUCCUGUUCAUUGGCUCCCAACGAUUGGGUGCAGUGACUGGGAGUUUUUCAGCUCUAAAGGAGAAUCAUAUCUGAUCUACUCCAGUGCCAAAGCACCUCUCUCCAAAGUGUUCAAACUGAAAACCUACUAG